AUGUCUGAAGAUAAAGAUAAUACGUUUGAUUUAUUAUCUAAACAAUUCAACGUUGAUGAUUUAUCACAUGAUGAAAAAAAAAUCAAAAGUAAAGUUCUACUAUUUACAAAUAAUAUUUUAACAAGCUGGAAAAAGGGAAAAGAUUAUGAUUUUGUUGUAAGCCUUUCAAACAUAAAUAAAGAUACCGCGAAAAAUGCUAAAGUACAAACUUAUUAUAACACUAUCAAAGGAGAUUACUGGGUGUGUAGGUAUAGCACACAUUCAGAAAUAAGUGAAUCCAUGUAUAAAGAAAAAAUAAUUAAAUAUUUAAAUGGAUCCAAUUUCACCACUGAUAAUGUUAAAAAUGAUCUUUGGGAGUUGCAGGAUCCUGCCUUUAGAAUUAAAAUGGAAAAAAACUACAUUCAUACCAUUAAGGAUUGUAAAAUCCUAGAUACCUCUGGCGGUUGGGUUUUAAGUAGAAUGCUAUAUUCAUUUGGAAAACCUUUAAAUGAUAGAGUAUUUUAUGAAUGGGUUUAUAUAAUUAAACCAUAUAGGGUUACAACGAAAACAAUACCUGAGGAACAAAAAGAAGAAGAAAUAUCAUUUGUUAUAUCACUACCUGCCAAAUACAACAACAAAGAAAACAACGAUAAUAAAAACGCUGUACGUGGUAUUUAUUGCAGUGUUGAAAGAUUAAGUUAUAAUUACAAAACAAAACAGUUAAAAUGGUUGAUGUGUACUACAAGUGAUGCGGGUGGUUAUUUACCAAAAUGGCUACAAAACUCCAUGAUAUCAAAAAGUGUUGCUAAGGAUGUUCCAUUAUUCUUAGAUUGGGUUGUUAACUAUUUAGAAUGA